GAGAGCUGGAUGGAUAGAUGGAGUCAGAUUAGUGAGUCCAAGCUGAAAAAAGAAGCGGAAUUUAUUUCCUCUGUGGAUGUUUGUGGAUUUAUUUAAUUUUUUCUACCUUUUUUUCCACUUUUUUCUUUCUCCUCCUCUGUUCAUGUCGGAUGUUCAAACAGAAGAACCGCUGAAUUGAUCCGCAGCUGCAAAGAAAAGUGGAUUAAUUUAUUUACAUAUUUAUUUUUUCAUUGUGUUUUUUUUUUUUUUUUUUUUUUUUUGGUUUGUGUGUUUGAGAUGCUGAGAAGUUAUCGAGCAGGACCACAAACCCGCCGAUGGGGAUAAAAACUGAUCAAAGUGCGGAUCGAUAACCAUGAGCGUCUGGAGCUGAGGACGAACAAGCAGCGGAGAUGUACGAGGAAAGCCGAAAAAGUUCUGGUCGCAACGGCUACACCAAAGCAGUGGAUGGAGAGGAGGGAGGAGGAGAGGGGGAGGAGGAGGAGGAGGGAGGAGAGGGGGAUGGAGGAGGAGGUGGAGGUGGAGGUGAGGAGAGGGAGGCCGACUGGGACGAAGAGUUGGACGGAGAGAACGAGGGAGGAGUGAGGAUGACGAGAACCGACACGCUGCAUUCGACCACGAGUUCGACCGGAACGCAGAGGAAGAGAGGACAACACGCUAAGAAACAGAUCCAGGGCACUAACCAGGUCCAACGAGCUCCUAGAGCCUUAUUCUGCCUGAAACUCAACAAUCCAAUCAGACGAGCUGCUCUGUCUAUCGUGGAGUGGAAACCAUUUGACAUCUUCAUCCUGUUAGCCAUCUUUGCUAACUGUGUCGCUCUGGGCGUCUCCAAACCGUUUCCUGAGGACGACUCCAACUCCACCAACCAUGACCUGGAACAAGUGGAGUACGUCUUCCUCAUCAUCUUCACCGUGGAAACCUUCCUGAAGAUCCUGGCCUAUGGUCUGGUCAUGCACCCGAGCUCCUACAUCCGGAACGGGUGGAACUUACUCGACUUUGUCAUCGUCAUCGUCGGGUUGUUCAGCGUUGUCUUGGAAACCAUGACCCAUAAGUCUGGAGAACAGGCCACCACUCACCACAUGCCGGGAAAACCUGGAGGUCUGGACGUCAAAGCUCUGAGGGCCUUCAGGGUCCUGAGGCCCCUCAGACUGGUCUCUGGAGUCCCCAGUCUGCAGAUCGUGUUGAACUCCAUCAUGAAGGCCAUGGUUCCUCUGCUCCACAUCGCUCUGCUGGUUCUGUUCGUCAUCAUCAUCUACGCCAUCAUCGGUCUGGAGCUUUUUAUCGGACGGAUGCACAAGACGUGUUACUACAUCGGAGCAGAUAACUACGUGGAGGAUGACCCGGUGCCGUGUGCGUUCGCCGGUCAUGGUCGUCAGUGCAUCGUAAAUGGUACAGAAUGUCGUGGACGGUGGGACGGCCCCAACGGCGGAAUCACCAACUUCGAUAACUUCUUCUUCGCCAUGUUGACGGUGUUCCAGUGCAUCACCAUGGAGGGAUGGACUGACGUGCUCUACUGGAUGAACGAUGCCAUCGGCUUCGAGCUGCCCUGGGUUUAUUUCGUCAGUCUGGUGAUUUUCGGCUCCUUCUUCGUUCUCAACCUUGUUCUGGGAGUCCUCAGCGGAGAGUUCAGUAAAGAAAGAGAGAAGGCGAAGGCUCGGGGAGAUUUCCAGAAGCUCCGGGAGAAGCAGCAGAUGGAGGAGGAUCUGUGUGGAUACAUGGACUGGAUCACCCAGGCCGAGGACAUGGACGAACUGGAUGAGGACGGUAACCCACGUCCGUCUCUUGGUGAUCUUGCAGAUAAGAAGAGAGGGAAAUUUGGAUGGUUCAGUCACUCUAAUGAUACCCACGCGAGUCUUCCUGCAAGUGAAACAGCAUCUGAGAACACGGAGAACAUCGAUGAAGAACACACCAACUGCUGCCAGGCCUGCUGUGCUCGAAUGAUGAAGAUCAGCUGCUGUCGAGUCCUGCGUCGGUGGAACCGUGUUUGUCGGAGGAACUGUCGCACCGCUGUUAAAUCGGUGACGUUCUAUUGGCUGGUUCUGCUGCUCGUCUUCCUCAACACGUCUCUGAGCGCGUCCGAACACUAUGACCAACCUGUUUGGCUGACGCAAGUCCAGGACAUCGCCAACAAGGUGCUUCUGUCUCUGUUCACGGUGGAGAUGCUGUUGAAGAUGUACAGUCUGGGUUUGGCUCAUUACUUCGUGGCGUUCUUCAACCGUUUCGACUGCUUCGUGGUGUGCGGUGGCAUCAUGGAGACCAUCCUGGUGGAGCUGGACAUCAUGCCUCCUCUGGGGAUCUCCGUGCUGCGAUGCGUCCGCCUGCUGCGAAUCUUCAAGGUCACACGCCAUUGGACGGCUCUGUCCAACCUGGUGGCGUCUCUGCUCAACUCCAUGAAGUCCAUCGCCUCUCUUCUGCUGCUGCUCUUCCUCUUCCUCAUCAUCUUCGCUCUGCUGGGCAUGCAGCUGUUUGGAGGAAAGUUCAACUUCGACGAGACCCAAACCAAACGCAGCACCUUCGACGCCUUCCCGCAGGCGCUGCUCACCUGCUUCCAGAUCUUAACAGGUGAGGACUGGAACGUUGUAAUGUACGACGGCAUCAUGGCGUACGGCGGCCCCGUGUUCCCUGGGAUGAUCGUCUGCGUUUACUUCGUCAUCCUGUUCAUCUGCGGUAACUACAUCCUGCUGAACGUCUUCUUGGCCAUCGCUGUGGACAACUUGGCCGGAGGAGACGGAGAAGACAAGAAGAAAGACAAAAAGAAGGAAGGAGGCACAGAAGAGGGGGAGGAGGAAGAGGAGGCCGAGGAAGGAGAGGUGAAGGUCGACAUCGACGAGGACACGGAGUACGAGGAGGAGGAGGAGCUUCCUGAAGGAGACGACGACGGAGGAGUCCAGUUAAAGAUGGCCGACCUGGCUCCUCCUAAAGAGAAGGUUCUUCCGAUCCCAGAAGGCAGCGCUUUCUUCUGCCUCAGCAAAACAAACCCAAUCCGAGUGGCCUGUCACACUCUGAUCCACCAUCACAUCUUCACCAACCUCAUCCUCGUCUUCAUCAUCCUCAGCAGCUGCUCAUUGGCUGCUGAGGAUCCAAUCAGAGCUCAUUCUUUCAGAAAUAACAUUCUGGGUUAUGCAGACUACGCCUUCACCUCCAUCUUCACUGUGGAGAUUCUGCUAAAGAUGACCGUCCACGGAGCGUUUCUCCAUCAGGGCUCGUUCUGCAGGAACUGGUUCAACCUGUUGGAUCUGUUGGUCGUCAGCGUCUCACUCGUCUCCUUCUUCCUUCACUCCAGCGCCAUCUCGGUGGUGAAGAUCCUCCGAGUCCUCAGGGUGCUUCGACCUCUGAGGGCCAUAAACCGAGCCAAAGGCCUGAAGCAUGUGGUCCAGUGUGUGUUCGUGGCCAUCAGGACCAUCGGAAACAUCAUGAUCGUCACCACUCUGCUCCAGUUCAUGUUCGCCUGCAUCGGAGUCCAGCUCUUCAAGGGUAAAUUUUAUCGCUGCACAGAUGAAGCCAAACACACGCCGGAACAGUGCAAGGGGACUUUUGUGGUUUAUAAGGACGGGGACGUGAACCACCCCAUGGUCAGAGAACGGAUCUGGCUGAACAGCGACUUUAACUUCGACAACGUGCUGAUGGGGAUGAUGGCGCUCUUCACCGUGUCCACCUUCGAGGGUUGGCCGGCGUUACUGUAUAAAGCCAUCGACGCCAACGGGGAGAACUCUGGUCCCAUCUACAACUACCGGGUGGAGAUCUCCAUCUUCUUCAUCGUCUACAUCAUCAUCAUCGCCUUCUUCAUGAUGAACAUCUUCGUGGGUUUUGUCAUCAUCACCUUCAGAGAGCAAGGAGAACAGGAGUACAAGAACUGUGAGCUGGACAAGAACCAGCGUCAGUGUGUGGAGUACGCUCUGAAGGCUCAGCCGCUGAAACUCUACAUCCCAAAGAACCCGGUUCAGUACAAGUUCUGGUCCAUCAUCAACUCCACGGGCUUCGAGUACGUCAUGUUCGUGCUCAUCCUGCUCAACACCGUCACUCUGGCCAUUCAGCAUUAUGAACAGUCCAAAGACUUCAGCUACGUCAUGGACAUCCUCAACAUGGUCUUCACCGGACUGUUCACAGUGGAGAUGCUGCUGAAACUGCUGGCACUAAGACUGAGGCAUUACUUCGUCGAUGCCUGGAACUCCUUUGACGCUCUCAUCGUGGUCGGCAGCGUCGUGGAUAUUGUCGUCACUGAAUUCAGUAGCGGCGAGGACAGCUCCAGAGUGUCCAUCACCUUCUUCCGUCUGUUUCGAGUGAUGCGAUUGGUUAAACUGCUGAGCAAAGGGGAGGGGAUUCGCACGCUGCUGUGGACCUUCAUCAAAUCCCUGCAGGCUCUGCCGUACGUCGCUCUGCUCAUCGCCAUGAUCUUCUUCAUCUACGCCGUCAUCGGAAUGCAGACUUUUGGGAAGAUAGCGAUGCAGGAUUACACUCAGAUCAACAGGAACAACAACUUCCAGACGUUUCCUCAGGCUGUUCUGCUGCUCUUCAGGUGUGCGACAGGUGAGGCGUGGCAGGAGAUCAUGUUGGCCAGUCUGCCGGGGAAACGCUGCGACCCGGAUUCGGACUACGAACCUGGAGAAGAAUUCAGCUGCGGCAGCAACUUCGCCAUCGUGUACUUCAUCAGCUUCUUCAUGCUCUGUGCUUUCCUGAUCAUUAACCUGUUUGUCGCCGUCAUCAUGGACAACUUCGACUAUCUGACGCGUGAUUGGUCGAUUCUGGGGCCGCAUCACCUGGAUGAGUUUAAGAGGAUCUGGUCUGAGUACGACCCUGAAGCCAAAGGUCGGAUCAAACACCUGGACGUGGUGGCUCUGCUCAGGAGGAUCCAACCUCCGCUGGGCUUUGGGAAGCUGUGUCCUCACAGAGUGGCCUGUAAGCGUCUGGUGGCCAUGAACAUGCCUCUGAACGCUGAUGGGAUGGUCACCUUCAACGCCACCCUCUUCGCUCUGGUCCGGACCGCCCUCAAGAUCAAGACUGAAGGUAACCCCGAGCAGGAGAACGAGGAGCUGAGGGUGAUCAUCAAAAAGAUCUGGAAGAGAAUGAAACCCAAACUGUUGGAUGAGGUCAUACCGCCGCACGAAGGUAAAGAGGAGGAGGUGACGGUCGGGAAGUUUUACGCCACUUUCCUGAUCCAGGAUUACUUCAGGAAAUUCAGGAAAAGGAAGGAGAAAGGAGGUCUGAGCGUGGAGGCCGACAACACCAACCCAUCUGCGGUUCAGCUGUGUAAAGCCGGUCUGAAGACUCUGCAGGAUCUGGGUCCAGAGAUGCGUUUGGCUCUGAAUGAGGAUCUGGAGGAGGAGGAGGAGGCCAUGAUGGAGGAGGAGGAGCUGGAGGACAACGCCCAGUACAAGAACGAAGACCGACGAGGCUCCAUGUUGGGAACCCCCACAGGUCCUGGCGGUGUCGUGGGCGAUGGCGGUGUGUCUAACGGCGGCCUGAUCCAUCGCGUCGGUUCUCUCACUAAGAUGCCGAACGGCAGCGAACACGACGACUUGCGCCGCGGAUCUGUCGGUCAUCAAAACCACCGCCGGCCGUCGGUGAGGAACGGCCUGUUAGACCACGGACACAAGAGGCCGUCCUACUACAAAUAUGGACGGCGGGACUCGAGGGACAGAUACUGGAGGAACGGCGACAUGGAGGUGUAUGGAGAGCAGGGAUACUACAGCAGAGAAGAAGACAACGAGAGCAUCGCCUCCAGAGACAGACAUUACCCCGACGAGCCUCCAAUGUACAGAGACCACUAUGAUGGCCACGCCCCCUACAACGCUAACUACGGCAACGGCUACAGUGAUGGCAGGAGGACGACCCGCAGACGCCUCCUUCCUGCCACGCCCACAGGUCGAAAGCCGUCGUUUAACAUCCAGUGUCUGCGGCGUCAGGGCAGCAGCGACGACCUGCCCAUCCCCGGAACGUACCACCCCACGUCCCCCCCACGCCGCGCCCACGGAGAGCAGCAGACGUACGGGGGUUACGAGUCUCACCACGCCUCCGGACACUCGUCGAUGGCGUCCUCAGCGUCGUGGGCUAACCCGUGUCCUCGCCGCGGUCGCCUCCUUUACGCUCCUCUGAUCCUGGUGGAGGAGGAGGGCAGUCCACCGUGGGGAGGGGGAGGAGUCGACGGCAAGAAGGGAGGAGCAGGAAGAGGUGUGAGUGUGACGGGCGCCGCCCCCAGACCGGCCUGGUACGGCGGCCCUGGAGGGACAGCAGCUCCGCCCCCCUACAGAGCGUACACCACCCUCAGAGUCCCGUCGCAGCUCGGCGCUCAGUUCACAGAGAAGAGAGGUUCGGCCGACAGUCUGGUGGAGGCGGUUCUCAUCUCUGAAGGUCUCGGCCUUUACGCUCGGGAUCCGAAGUUCGUGGCGUUCGCAAAGCGUGAGAUCGCAGAUGCGUGUCACAUGACGGUGGACGAGAUGGAGUCGGCGGCCAGCGACCUGCUCGGAACAGGAAGCCACGCUUUCCUCAGCAACGCCUCGGACCCGGCGGCGCUCUACAGCGACGAGGAGCCGAUCAGGACGGGACGCGACGAAGACGAACUGGCCGACGAGAUGACCUGUGUGACGUCAUUCUGACCGACACUAGGGACCAAUCAGAGACUGUGGAGGCGGGACAUCAGUGUUUGACCGACAGGGUGUUUGACCAAUCGGAGUGUGGUCGAACAAAUGACAUGAUUUUAGAAAGAAGACACACAGAUGAUGAACUUUUAAAAAGCAGACAAAGAAAAUGAUGAAUGAUGAAACUAAAGAUGUCCGCCCUCAGACUGUGACUGUGUCGUCAUGGUGACACAUCUCAUUAACAAGAUGGAUGCUGGGAUUUUUAUUUUGGACGCUGUUGACCUGAGUCAGUGCGAGGUCUGAUUUGAAACUGAACUGAUGGAUCCAUCACAGACCGAGGAGAACACAUCAGCUCUUUAAAGAACUGUCCAACAUUUAGUCUGAUCUAAAUGUUUAGCUGGAACCGGGGAUAUGCGGGAAAUAUUUGCUUUAACUUAAUCACUUAAUUAAUUGAUUAUCAGAUUAGUUUUUUUUGUCUCUGCUGUUUUUUUAUUGAACACAGGAAACCGUGUGUCUGUGCAGAUUUUCUUUUAUAAGUGUUUGAUAUUUUUUAUUUGUGCACAUGAGGAUGACGCAUCGGUUUGUCCACUUCUCUGUUGGUGUUUUCGUCUCAUCACAUUUCUGUAUUUCUGUCUUCUGUUUGUGUCCCAGCAGAUAAUGUUAAGGGCUUAUUUUCAACUUCAUGCCUGGAUUCCCCCAGAAUCCUCCUCAGACGUUUCAUCUGCAGCGUUCAGCUGAGAAACAGCUCUGAACCCUCGUUUACCUCCAAUAAAGACUGAAAACCUG